CCCCGGUCACUGCCCUGCCUGUGCCUCAGUUUCCCCACUCACACAACGUGGGUGUCUUCUCCCUGUGCUGCAAAGGGGCUGCAGCCCCUGUCCUGCUCCACCCCCCCACCCUCCAAAAGCCGUGACCAGAAAUCCCCAGGGCUCACCAGCCCUAUCUUGGCACCCGCUGCCGCUGUCCCAGAUGGUUCCCCCUUUGACAGAGAUAGCACGGGGUUUCGUCACCGCGCUGGGGGUGGAGAUGCUGGGGGGGCUGAGCCCCAUCUCCUCCCUGCUCCACACCAGAGCCCAAACAAACAACCCGACCUGCGGGCUGAGCUGUGCGGGGUCCGACAUGGAGCCCCCCGGUCACCCGCUGUCCCCCGGGGCUGGGAGGGGGGACACGGGCAGCGGGGGACGGAGGUGUCCAUACCGGGCAGGGAGGCGGAUGGGCAGCACCAACAGGAUCCUGCAGGAAGGUGCGCAGAGCAGCCGGCACCAGCUCCUGGUCGAAGCCUUCGUGUCGGCGGGGAGGGUGGACAACAUCACCAUGGUCAUGGGGCUGCACCCCCAGUACCUCAGCAGCUUCUGGAAGACCCAGUACCUGCUGCUGCGCAUGGACGGGCCCCUGCCCUACCACAAGCGCCACUACAUCGCCAUCAUGGCAGCGGCCCGGCACCAGUGCUCCUACCUGGUGGGUUUGCACAUGGGGGAGUUCCUGCAGGUGGGGGGCAACCCGGCCUGGCUGCAGGGGCUGCACUGUGCCCCCCAAAAACUCAGGAACCUCAACGAGAUCAACAAGCUGCUGGCGCACCGGCCCUGGCUCAUCACCAAGGAGCACAUCGAGGCGCUGCUGAAGACGGGGGAGCACAGCUGGUCGCUGGCGGAGCUGGUGCAGGCGCUGGUGCUGCUCACCCACUACCACUCGCUUGCCUCCUUCGUCUUCGGCUGCGGCAUCAACCCCGAGGAGGAGCAGGAUGGGGGGCACGGCUGCCGGCCCCCCUCGCCCCACAGCGACAGCAGCUCUGCUUCUGAUGACAGCGUGGGGGGGUCCCGGGGCAAGGACGCGCUGCGGGAGGUGGAGGUGCUGAUGGAGAGGAUGAAGCUGCUGCAGGAGAGCCAGCUGGAGGAGGAGGGCGUCACGCAGGAGGAGAUGGCGACGCGCUUCGAACUGGAGAAGACGGAGAGUUUGCUGGUUGCUCCCUCGGACCUGUCGGAACACUCCCUGCAGUCCAACGUCCUCUGCUUUGUGGAGGACCCUGAGUUUGGCUACAAGGACUUCACGCGGAGGGGCGAGCAGGCGCCCCCCACUUUCCGGGCACAGGAUUACACAUGGGAGGACCACGGCUACUCACUGAUCAACCGCCUGUACCCCGACGUGGGGCAGCUCCUGGAUGAGAAGUUCCAGGUGGUUUACAACCUGACGUACAACACCAUCGCCAUGCACUGCGGUGUGGACACGUCCAUGCUGCGCAGGGCCAUCUGGAACUACGUCCACUGUGUCUUUGGCAUUCGCUAUGAUGACUAUGACUACGGGGAGGUGAACCAGCUCCUGGAGCGCAGCUUGAAGAUCUACAUCAAGACGGUGGCCUGCUACCCGGAGAAGACAACCAAGCGGAUGUACACGCAGUUCUGGAGACACUUCAAGCACUCGGAAAAGGUGCACAUCAACCUGCUCCUGCUGGAGGCUCGGAUGCAGGCGGCUCUGCUCUACGCCCUGAGAGCCGUCACCCGCUACAUGACCUGACCGGCCUCGCUCCCUCCUCCUCCUCAUCCCCAGCUUUGGGGCGAGAAGCCAGGAGGGAGCUGGGACCCUAAAGACUUUGCUGGAAUAUUGUCUCCCCCCAAAAAGGGGCCUGGAGCUGUGGAAGGAAAGGGGGGCUCCCCUGCCCUCAGCCUACGAGAGGGGACAACUGAGAUGCCAUCAGUGCCAGGAAGCUCCCUGAGAUCUGGGGGUGCUCAACUGCUCUGUGCCUUUUUUGGGGUGAGCCUGCAUGAAGCCAAACCAGGGGUGCUGCCCUCACUGUGGUGUCACCUCUGUGUCACCUGCUGGCACCAGAACCGUCCUCGCGGGUAUCGUGGGCUUUACCCCGGCUUCUUGGAGUCUCGUUGUGCUGGAAGACUUGCAGCUGCUGGGGGGGAUGCUGCCCUGGGACCCCGUCCCCAGAUCUCUGCCUCGCACCCUGGGAAGGCCCCGCGGGGGGGUGAGAAGGGUCCAGCCCUGGUGACACUCGCCUCCGAGCUGGGUCCCCCCACAUUGGUGUCCCUGUGGCUGGGGGACAGACUGUGGCUCCUCCAGGGUGUCCCAACUGCGUGCGGUGCCUGCUGUGACACAGGGAUGUCCCCUCUGUGCCUGGGGGUGCUUGCAGCCCCUCGCUGCUGCUCCCCAUGGGUCCUGGUGCAGCCAGACCCCAACCCAGCCCUGGGGGGCUGCGGGAGGGUUAAACCAGCCCCAUCCUGUGACUGGGGCUGUGAAGUGCCUGCUGGGAGGUGACAGUGUGGGACGUGGGUGGCCGUGGUGUUACCCAGAUGUGCCGGAGCGUCUCCCAGCAGCGCGGGUCGCCGGGGGUGCUGGUUUGGGAGAGCCCCCACUCCCGGCUCUGCUGGAGCGCGGGGCCGCGUCCAGCGGCGUCACCUGCUGCUUGGCCACUCCGGGUUUGUCAGGUUUGUCUCUGCUGAACCGUAGCUCCAGUUAAAUUAUUUCCUUUAUUUUUUUGCGGGGGUGUAUUUACUCCUGACUGGGUGUGGAAAUGCCACUGUGACUUUGCUACAGAUCUUGUUUGAAAUAAAUAAAAUUGUUCUUUUUUUAA